UUGAUGCUGUUGCUGAUGCUGUUGCCCGGCGCCUGAAUCCAAGCAGCCAGACAGGGAUAACUGUAGUCGGCAGUCCACCACCAGCAGCCGAGAAGACAGGGACAGAGGGGGAGUGAGACAGAUCUUCAGCAUCCCCGGAGAGUUACAUGCGCAGUGACAAGAUGACUCUGGCAGCCUACAAAGAGAAGGUCAAAGAGCUCCCCCUGGUGUCUUUGUUCUGUUCCUGCCUGAACCCACAAACUGCAGAAAAAACUACUUACAAGGCAGAAGAUGCAGUGGAUCUGGGCUGGUGUGUCAUCAAAGAUGUUGAAGUGAUUGAGCUGAACAAGAGGACAUCGGGCCAAGCCUUCGAGGUCAUCCUCAAGCCCCCGUCCUUUGACGGUGUGCCAGAACUCAACACCUCCAUGCCGCAGCGUCGCGAUCCAUCUCUGGAGGAGAUCCAAAAGAAGCUGGAGGCUGCUGAGGAGAGACGAAAGUGCCAGGAAGCCGAGCUGUUGAAGCACUUGGCAGAAAAGAGGGAGCACGAGCGUGAGGUCAUCCAGAAGGCCUUCGAGGAGAACAACAAUUUCAUCAAAAACGCUAAGGAGAAGCUGGAGCAGAAGAUGGAGGCCAACAAGGAGAACAGGGAGGCCCUUCUUGCUGCCAUGCUGGAGAGACUGCAGGAGAAGGACAAACAUGCAGAAGAAGUGAGGAAGAACAAGGAGUUGAAAGAAGAGGCCUGCCGGUAGAUAAGUGGAAUAAGGGAGAUAAAAACACGAAAAAGAGCAAGACUGCGAGGGCUUUUUUUUUUAGUCCAUUAAGAAAAAGAUAAGAGUAAAAAAGAACUCAACCACCACAAGCAACUUGACUGACUUGAAGAAUUGUCUGGUUUCAUAUGUGAUGCGUGCUACAUGAAUUUUGAACAAGCUGUACAAGGUUUAGCCAAAGUUUUAAUUAUACUUUUUUGGGGGGGAUGGUGGUUGGGGUGGGGUCAACACAAGCAUUUCAAAUGUUGGACAACAACGAUUGUUUGGUGCAAGAUUAUGUAGGGAAAUUCAUUGGAACUCUCUGUUUCUCCAUGUCCCGGUCAGUACACAGGAAAUUACAGUUCACUGAGAAAAUCAUUGCAUUUUUGAAUGAUUUUUUAAAGAUUAUCGUUCAAUUUUUUUGGCGCAGAAACAGGUCAUAUUUGCGAGCAAUUUGGCAGCAAAGCGGCCCAAACACACGGGCAGACUUUGUUUAUAGAAUGGAACAGAGAGUUGUAAGCUAAAAAGUUACCAAAACAUGAAAAAAAUGCAGUGAUGUGCUUUAAAAAGGAUGCUUAGAAGCCGUGUUCAACCAUAACCAACACAGUUAAAAAUAAAUAAAUAAAAGGUUUCUUCAGAUAUCAGUUCCGUGAUUCUUACACACCAUCCAAUACACAUAAAUAGAAUGUAACAAAUAAGCUUUUGCGGAUUCAGAAAUAAAAAUGAUUUCUCUAAGUUCACUGUUUUCAUGUUAAUUCUUCACAGCACGGUUUUUGAGAGCUUUCAGUAUGUCUUGGGAUGUCUGUUUAUUGUACGCUCAGUGAGUUUCACUAAAUAAUUCAUGCAGUUAACACGACAAAUCAGUGUUGUUUUUUUGUUGUUAUUUCUACGGUGCUCGUAGAGAAGAAGGUUCUGCUGCAUUCUACUAUUUUCAGACAGACUAUGAAACAUUAGGUAGAUAGUGUAACAGUAGUAGCUGAUUUGAGUACCUUAGUUUUGGAGCACCAAUUGCACUCUUAUUUCAGGAAGCACAACUAGAAAGCACAUAUGCAUACAGGAGGGACAUCAAGAAUAUACUGUAAAAAACAAUAUGACAUCAGGAUGAGGCAAAGGCAUGAGGAACAGAUGGGAGCUUCAAAAAACUGCCAUGGCAUGUCUCAGUGUGCUCUGAUUGUUAGUUUUUGUUUAUAAAAAAAAGGUAUCAAUACCUAAAUGAUUAAGCAGAAAAAUGUGAUUAUGCCAGAGGGCUGACUUCAUACCGAAUGGACUGACAUGUGUUACUGUUUGCACUGUAACAGGGGAGUUGUAACAUGGGGGGGUUGUAUCUGCUGUAGCAGUGUAUUGCUGUAUGUCUUCAAGGUUGGACUGGUUGUAUUAAUUUGGCAUGUUCAGUAAAAAAUCUCAAAUUAACUCACA